GCCAUAAAUAGGUCUCUCUGCCGCAGUCAGACACAAUGGCCCUGGCCGGAGGGAUCUCGUGGGACCUGCUCCACUUUUGUGACUCCUUGUGAAUUUUUGGGAGCAUGUAAAACCUGCGGGGGUGAGGGUCUGAUUCGCCCAAGAGGUACGUUUUUUUGUUUGAAAUUAAUAAAUCUUUUUUGUAAUUAAUUUUGUAUGACUUUUUCAACUAUGGGGAUGGUUUGUGGGUAAAUGGGUUUGUCCAGCUAUGUGUAGUAGGUGGUGUCUCCUCAACUGUUGAAUACCUUCCCAGAUGUACUGUGUCCACUGCGCUUCCUUUGUCAGGUGGCUUAAUGACAAUGUGUUUAUUUUCCCUCAGGCUAUGGAGAGCUUUGUCUCGUGUCAGGUUUGCCGCGACAGCAGCCCGACCCGAGUGAGGGGAGCUCAUCAGCCUGGACCAUCGCGUGGAAGUCUGGAGGCAGCAGUCCAGGCCAAAGGAGAGGAACACCUUCUCCACAUUGGAAGCAACCUGGUCUUGUGUAGGAUGGCCUCAGCGUGGAGGAAGUUGGCCCCCUGGUGGCUGUCCAUUUGCAGUUCAGGGGGCUGGAAGGAUGGUAUACGGCUGAUGUGUGAUUCGCCGAUAACCGGUACCCUUUUCGUCACCGACAGAUGCCAGUCCACCAUCUUGCGUGUAGUGCUAAUGUGUCUGGUGGACUUCUUAGUGGUGGGUGUCACGGGGCUGGUUUGAGUGAUACCCUGCACUAUUUAUGUGCACUGUGGGACAGAAAUUAUAUUUUUAGUUUUUUGCAUUCCAGGAAAUAGAUGAGACCAGAUGGGAGACGUGUUGGGGAGAGAUGGGGCUGGCAAGGGCGCUAAAGGUUCCCGCUGCUACGGUUGUGAGUCCCGAGGCUCGACGGAAGGGGCCACGGAAGGCGUCCGCUCCUCAGGUGAGACUGGAGGUGGCGUGCUGCAGGUCGCAGGAGGGAGCACGCCCGUGACACAGGACCAAGGGAGCCUCCAGAAUGGAGCCGUCCUCAGGCCUGCUGCACCUCGCACGUUGUGGUGUCUCUCCCUCUGUGCUCUGUCUAGGUCGUUCCGUGGCUGCAGAAGAGGGCAACAAGCGGGGGAAGGGAACUGGGGUCACCUGCCCUCACGGGCCUCCCCCCUGCUCCACCUCAGGGAUCCAGUCCCCGCCGACAGGGUCGGUCAUGGUGGCCACCGUUGUGCGAGCGAUGAUCUGCGGCACCAACGGCGGCGGGGGUUAUUCAGGGCGCACCCUCUCACGGGUGUCCACAAGGACCGAGACUAUUUGGGCCUCUGCUUGUUUGAGGCCUCAUUGUGUAGGGCCAGGGUGGUUUCUGACUUGAGCAGCCCGCUGCGGAGUGAGUGCCUGCUGCCACUGAAGGCAGUCCUGGGCAGCAUCUUCCCAGCAUUCUGGGCUGAUGUCAAAAGACUUGAGGUCUUGUUUGCAGACGUCCUUGUAACACAGCUGGGGACGGCCAAUCUGGCUCUUGCCAGUUGUGAGUUCAGCAUAGAGGAUAUGCUUUGGAAUUCGCCCAUCCGUCGGACAUGGCCCAGCCAGCGGAGACGUCGCUGCCACAGUGAUGCCCAGUAG